AUGAACGGUGAUUCAUAUUCCAGCCGCGAUCGUCCCAGUGGCAGACACGCGUCCUCGCGCGACCACUAUUCAUCCAGAGACGACCGUCGCGACCGUGACCGUGGUGGAGACAGAGAGCGCGAGAGAGAAAGGCCACGCAGACGUUCGCGCUCACCCGGACACCGCCCGCGCAGAGACGAAUUCCAAGGAGACACAUACUCGUCGAGCCGCGACUACAGGGAGCGCGAAAGAGAAGACAGAUACGCUGGAAGAGAUAGGCGCGGAGGUGGCCGCGAAUGGGACAGAGGAGACCGUGGCGCCGAACGACGAGGAGACCGCCGUGAUGACCCACGCGGAGGUGCCAGAGAGCGCGGCGACCGUGGCGGUGAUCUGUUCGACGACCGCAGAGGAGGUGGCAGAGGAGGCCGCGACCGCGAUGGUGGACGUGCUCCUCAGCAAUCCAUCGACCAGAAGCGCAGCCCCAGCCCUCCGAGAAAGCCCAAGGAGCCUACCCCCGACUUGACCGACGUCGUGCCCAUUCUCGAACGCAAGCGUCGUCUUACACAAUGGGACAUCAAGCCCCCUGGCUACGAAAAUGUCACAGCUGAGCAGGCCAAGCUCUCGGGCAUGUUCCCUCUUCCUGGUGCUCCUCGCCAACAACCCAUGGACCCUACGAGACUUCAGGCUUUCAUGAACCAGCCCGCUAAUGCCGGCGCAAACACCGCUCUCAAGCCCUCAAACGCUCGCCAGUCAAAACGUCUCUUUGUGCACGGUAUCCCUUCUGCUUCGACCGAGGACAACAUCAUCGACUUCUUCAACCUCCAACUCAACGGCCUCAACAUUGUCAAGGGCAUGGACCCUUGUCUGUCCGCUCAAAUCUCUCCCGAGCACGACUUUGCUCUCUGCGAGUUCAAGACACCCGAGGAUGCUACAACCGCUUUGGCCCUAGAUGGCAUCUCUAUGAGCGACGACUCUGCUAACGGUUCAGCAAAUGGCAGACCCGCCGGUUUGCAAAUCCGCCGUCCCAAGGACUACAUUGUACCUGCUGUCACAGACGAGAGCGAGCAGAUGGAGGGCAUUGUUUCCGAGAACGUUCCAGACACUCAGAACAAGCUUAGAAUGUCCAACAUCCCUACAUUCAUCGAAGAUGCGCAAGUCAGAGAAUUGCUUACGACCUUUGGUGAGCUCAAAUCUUUCGUCCUUGCCAAAGACACUUCCUCUGGCGCAAGCCGUGGAUUCGCCUUCUUCGAAUACAUGGACUCCACAAAGACCGAUGAGGCUGUUACAGGCUUGAACGGAAUUGAGUUGGGUGAUGGUGCGCUUAGAGCUGCAAGAGCCGCUGUCGGUGUGCAGCAGGUUGGUGGCGACAUGAGUGUCAACGCCAUGAGCAUGCUUGCCGGUACCACAAGUGCAGACGUUGAGCAAGGUCGCGUGCUUUGCCUGUUGAACAUGGUUACAGCAGAGGAGCUUUUGGAUAAUGAUGAAUACGAAGAAAUCGUCGAAGACGUCAAAGAAGAAUGCAGCAAGUACGGUUCAGUACAGGAAAUGAAGGUUCCCCGUCCUUCUGGCGGUAGCAGACAGUCCAACGGUGUCGGCAAGAUCUACGUCAAGUACGACAACAACGAGUCUGCUUCAAAGGCUCUGCGUGCUCUGGCUGGUAGAAAGUUUGCUGACCGCACUGUGGUCGUUACCUUCUUCGGCGAGGAAUACUUUGAUGUUAACGCAUGGUAA